UGCUCUGGCUUUGUUUAUCUAGGAAUAAGGGACAGAAAGUGUCACCGAUCUGAGACAGACAGAAUGUGAGAGAACAUCCAUGACUUCAUCUCCUCAGGGCCACUCCUUCCCCGCGGAACAUAUAUUCCGCUGUCUCUAACCCGCCCCGGGAACUCUAUAAAACCCCAUCGUCAUCGCAUGUAACCUCAAUUCAUUCCUAUUUCACCUUUACCUUAAGACCCCCUCGACUUAACAUUCCCUCUACCUACACUAAUCAGGCAUCAUGUCCCACCUCACCUACUACAACUACGACGGUAUCGGCAAGCGCAACCAACAAACCUUCAAAUACAGCCAGGCCGUCCGCAUCGGCGACCGCAUCGAAUGUUCCGGCCAGGGCGGCUGGGACCCACAGACCGGCGAGAUCCACCGCGAGAUCAACGCGCAGAUCGACCAGGCCUUCGCGAACGUGGACCUGAACCUGAAGACCGCUGGCGGCAAGGGCUGGAGCCAGGUGUUCCGGGUGAAUUCGUACCACGUGCCCAUCAACAACGAGGCGCUGGACGCCAUGGUCCGGAACUUCGAGAAGUGGAUGCCCGACCACGAGCCCCUGUGGACCUGUGUCGGGGUCACGCGGCUGGGCGAGGAUGAUAUGCGCGUUGAGAUUGAGGUUGUUGCGCAUGAUCCAAAAUAGGUUCUUGGGGGGGGGGGGAUUAGGUAUGACGAGG